GAAUCUCUCCCCUACAAAGGCCAUCCUUUUUCCCCGAAGAUGAGAGGCAAGAGAGCAAAGCAGAAGAAAAUUUUGCCAAUUUUCUUGCCUCCAGCCUACCUUUUCCACGUUGUAUUUGUCAGACGUAUUCUCUGCUAGUGACUCAACCCAGCCGAAGAUGCAAUAUCAACACCAGCAGCAGCAACACCCACGGCAAAGCCAGCAACGGCAGCAGCCACUGAGCUACCCCCCUCUUUUCCAGUACUCCAUGCCGCCGAUGUCUCCAUACCCCUAUCAGAUGUACCCACACCCCUACCCAGAGCAUCAAUUCCAUCACCAGUUCCAGCCUCAGCUCCCACAUCAGCUCCCACAUCAGCUCCAGUUGCAGUUUCCACCACACCAUCCUUAUCAUAUGGCUUCCUCUUCGUCUCCGACAUCCUCGACCUCCUCUCCGUUAUCGACCAAAGAGCAUGACAAUCGUGGGCCAUACGAGUCGCACAAUCUCAGCCAGGGCCUGAAAAUCCCGCCUCCGCUUGCAGUGCAGUCUCUGCCGCCAGAUACGCUGCAGGUUCCACUAAGCACUCCAACCAAGCAGAUGUUUUUUCAUCCGCAAUUUUCAGCCCACUACAACAGCAAAGCUAAUGACAGCGUCAGUGCCGUUUCCAGCACGACAGCCAGUGCGUGCAGCGCCAGCGACAGUGCCAGCAUCGAUAGCUCUAACACCACUAUAAACAGUGAAACCAGCACGCCCGGAAUCUACGGUCCAUCUUCCCUAUCUCCAUUGCACUACGCCACGAAAAAGCAAGUUGCUCCUCCACUCCCACCUCUACCGCAAAUGCCACAUUUUCCACAGCUCCAGCUGCAGCAGCAGCAACAGCAACAACAUGUGCAGUAUUGUGCUCCUAGCCCGGCUCCAGUUGCAUCUAACAAAGAGAAGAGCAACAUCGACGGCACAGCCUUUCCGCAGACGUUUGAUUUAUCUGUUCUCACCCCCAUUCCGGGCUGCAUGGCGUACCGCCACCCCCUAAUCCCGGUGAUCCCUUCUGCUUCGGGAAACACGCGGAAGCAAACCCGGCGUCUUUUUGAUGCUAAGACCAACAGCAUUACAGAAGGCCCAAUACCAGACUCGAGCGUCAGCACUACUGCCAGCGCCGGCCACGACAACGACUCGGAUAGCAGCAGCAUCGACAGCUCUGCCGCAACCCAGGCCAGAAGGAUGGCCUUUGGCUCCCCAACUUGGACGCAGAAGGAUGACGAGCUGCUCCGACAUCUGAAAGAGGUGGAGAAAAUCGGCUGGAGAGAUAUCUCCAUGUAUUUCCCCACACGUACCAUCAAUGCAUGCCAGUUCCGUUGGAGGCGACUCAUCAUGAAGGAGGAAAACCGGCGCAAAAGAGAACUGCACAAAUCUGCUCUUCGCGCUCGGCUGGUCAAAUAGUAGUACGGAGAACAGAAAAUGGGGUUAGCAGAGCCGAACAGCAGAAAAAAUAGCAGGGCGUAGACCGCUCGAGCAGUAUAGUUAGUAGGGUGUAGCACCGCCCGCCGUAUAUAGAACUUGGAUAGUUCAGCAGAAUUAGGUAACACAGACCGGUCCGGCCCGCCCGCAUGCCGCCAUUUCUCAAUUUAGCCCGCAGUGCAGCGCAU